CUCAGGGCUACUUGGGGUUUUCCUUGUUCACAACAACCUCUCUUCUCACUUUAUCUCACAUAAUGUCACAGAGGAAGACGGUGCUCCUUGCACUUUUUGCUCUGGUGUGUGCGUUGUUUGUCGCUGCACCUGUUGCUUUUGCCGCUGAAGAUGCUGAUGCAUAUGGCACUGGUAAGUACACAAAAGGGAGAGACGUGCAAAAGGAGAAAUGUACGGAUCACUAACCACGUCUUCUUUGUUGUAGUUAUUGGUAUUGAUUUGGGAACUACCUACUCUUGCGUUGGUGUUCAAAAGAACGGACGUGUUGAAAUUAUCGCUAAUGACCAAGGAAACCGUAUUACCCCCUCAUAUGUCGCUUUCACUGACGAAGAACGUCUGAUCGGUGAUGCCGCUAAGAACCAAUAUGCUGCCAAUCCCGAACGUACUGUUUUCGAUGCCAAGCGUCUCGUCGGCCGUCGUUUUAACGAUAAGGAUGUCCAGGCUGAUAUGAAGCACUUCCCCUUCAAGAUCAUCAGCAAGGACGGAAAGCCCAACAUUAAGGUCGCUGUCAAGAACGAAGAUAAGAUCUUCACUCCUGAAGAAAUCUCAGGUAUGGUCCUCACUAAGAUGAAGGAGACCGCUGAAGCCUAUCUUGGCAAGAAGGUCACCCACGCCGUUGUUACUGUCCCUGCCUACUUCAAUGACGCCCAACGUCAAGCCACCAAGGAUGCUGGUACUAUUGCCGGUUUGAACAUUCUCCGUAUCAUUAACGAACCUACUGCCGCUGCUAUUGCCUACGGUCUUGAUAAGACUGGUGGUGAACGCACCAUUCUCGUCUACGAUCUUGGUGGUGGUACCUUCGAUGUCUCUCUCUUGUCCAUCGACGAUGGUGUCUUUGAGGUCUUGGCUACUGCUGGUGAUACCCAUCUUGGUGGUGAAGAUUUCGAUAACCGUGUCAUCGACUACUUUGUCAAGCAAUGGAAGCGCAAGAACGACGGUGAGGAUAUCACCAAGGACAAGAAGACCAUGGGUAAAUUGAAGCGCGAAGUCGAGAAGGCAAAGCGUUCCCUUUCCUCCCAAAUGUCCACCAAGGUUGAAAUCGAAUCCUUCUUCAAUGGCAAGGACUUCUCCGAGACUUUGAGCCGUGCCAAGUUUGAGGAAUUGAACAACGAUCUCUUCCGCAAGACUCUUAAGCCUGUUGAACAAGUUCUCAAGGAUGCUGGUCUCAAGAAGAACGAAGUUGAUGAUAUCGUUUUGGUCGGUGGUUCUACUCGUAUCCCCAAGGUCCAGACUCUUUUGGAAGAUUUCUUCAACGGAAAGAAGGCCUCCAAGGGUAUCAACCCUGAUGAAGCUGUUGCCUAUGGUGCCGCUGUUCAAGGUGGUAUUCUCUCUGGUGAGGAAGGUUCUGAUAAGGUUCUUCUUCUUGAUGUCAACCCCUUGACUCUCGGUAUCGAAACCACUGGAGGUGUUAUGACUUCACUUAUCAAGCGUAACACUGUCAUUCCCACCAAGAAGUCUCAAAUCUUCUCUACUGCCGCUGAUAACCAGCCUACUGUUAUGAUUCAAGUCUUUGAAGGUGAACGUGCCAUGACCAAGGACAACAACAUGCUUGGCAAGUUCGAACUUACUGGUAUCCCCCCUGCUCCUCGUGGCGUUCCCCAAAUUGACGUUACUUUCGAGAUUGAUGCCAACGGUAUCCUUCGUGUCAGUGCUUCCGACAAGGGAAGCGGCAAGUCUGAGAGCAUCACCAUUACCAAUGACAAGGGUCGUCUCUCUCAAGAAGACAUUGAGCGUAUGGUCCGUGAAGCUGAAGAAUUCGCUGAUGAAGACAAGGCUCUUCGUGAACGUACUGAGGCCAAGAAUGCCCUCGAGAACUACCUUUACUCCCUCAAGAACCAAAUCUCUGACGACUCUCAGUUGGGAGGUAAACUCGAUGCUGACGAUAAGGAAGCUAUUGAGGAGGCUCUUAAGGAAAAGCUUGAGUGGUUGGACGAUUCCAGCGUCAGCGCCACCAAGGAAGACUUUGAUGAGAAGCGUGAGGAAGUUGAAGCUAUUGUCAACCCCAUUACCAGCAAGUUGUACGCUGGUGGCAGCGACUCUGCUUACUCUACUGAGGACGAAGAGCCCUUGUCUGGACACGACGAGUUGUAGAUUACCCAUACACACACAAUUUCCCUCCGAACAUUACAUUUUUCGCGCAGUUAUUCCUUUUUUUUUUUUUUUAUAUUACUGGAUCUUUGGUCUCUUCACCUUAGCCGUUCAAGAGAGAAAUCAAAAGAAAAACUCUAGACAUGUUUAUAUUGUGAAAAUUUGAAACUUUAAAGUAAUAAAUUCCUCCAUUCCUGGUGUUUUGGAAGACCAAACUAUCGAUGUGAGUGACGAUAACA